GGCAUGAUGAGGAAUUCAUGGCCUCGUUGAAACAGGUGAAAUAGAUUUGCUACGGGCGGGUUCCAUCAGCCACCACAUUUGCUUUUGCCGGCAGCCAUUGUGCUCCAACUAAGCAACCAAUUUUGCUUAAUUUGGCUGAAGUCCAGUCAAAGGCACAGGCAUAGUAUGGAUCAAGAAACUAAACCAAGGCCAGCCAUGAAAAUCAACACAGAGCAAGAAGGAAACCGUCAAAUCGGCCUUUCGAGACCAAAGCGGGAGCCAAAUGCCGUCAACCGGCGGCAAGAAGAAGAAGAUGUGGCCGCCUGCUCGAUCCCUCCAACUGUGAGCCGUCGGAUAUGGAAGGCGUCGCUGCCGUUAUGUGAUUCAGAUGAAGAGGGUUGCUCCAGUCCUGAUCCGCCACCGGACGUACCCAAGGGCCACCUUGCCGUGUACGUAGGCCCCGAGCUCCGGAGGUUUGUGGUGCCAACCAGUUACCUGACGCUGCCGGUCUUCAGAGUGCUGCUGGAGAAGGUGGAGAAGGAGUUCGGGUUUGAUCACAUGGGUGCUCUCACCAUACCUUGUGACGUCGAGACGUUCAAGUAUCUUCUGCAAUGGAUGCACAACAGGCAGAAGGAGCAAAAUGGAACAGGUAACUAAACAACAUACGAUGCUAUUGAUGUUUCGAUCUAAAGAUCAUUUCAUUUUAAUUUAGAACUCUGCCCAGAGUCUGAAGAAUAGGAUCAUAGUUUGUAAAGAGGAAAAUGGUAUCAGUGAGAGAAAAGGAAAUUCCAUGUAUCUAUGCAAAAGACUAUCAUGCACAAAAUCUGUACAUCUCAAAGGAGAAAAGAAUGGUGUGUAUAGAUGGA